AAAGAACCAACUUUUUAACGUCAAUGCUGUGUUGCAGUUGUACCUGUAAUCGACCGCUCAGCAGCAAACUCCUGCGCAACAGGAAGAAGUGUGUGAGUGUGAGCAACACGGAUAGACUGGAGUUUUAGAGCCGACCAGAUUUUGAGACGACAUCCGCAAAACUGAAAGCCUUCGACUAUAUUUAACGCGCACAUCACCGCGCAUAAAGUGAAACUUCUAGGUGAUUUAGCUUCAUUCUAAAAGGCUCAAUGCGCUCCUAAAGCUGACGAAGUUGUUCUGCACGGUGUUUAAGCGCGAGUAAUAACCCUGGACUCCAUUACCCUCCAAAAAGAAACAUGACUGUCAAGCUGUUCUGCGUGGUGGUUAAAAUCGGGAACGCCUUCUCCAUGGACGUUGAUCUCAGCCAAACGGUCGAUGAUCUGAAGUACAAGAUCAAGGAAAGGAAGCGCGGUUUUUGAUGCAGAUCUGCUGAAGCUGUAUGUCGCGGGGGAUGGCGAGAGGUGGCUGAACUCGCGCGACGCUGAGUUCAAGACUCUUAAGAAGGGGGAGACUCCGGAUCGAAUCAAGAGCCUCAUGCAAGAGGAACUGCUACUGGAUGAAACCGCGAGGCUGGACGACGACAACUACCUCCGUAUGAAUUUCCAACCAGGCGAUCGAGACAUUCAUGUGCUCGUAGAAUGCCCGGAUGAGUCGGAUCAAGUCGUACGUGCGUUAUUCUGUCCCUUCAACCGUUAUGAUUUUGAUGCAGCUCUCCUUGACCAUGUACGGAUUUGUUGGCUCGCUCGUGGAGAAUUGGUUCUUGCCUUGGUCUUCUCUGGAGAAGGAGAAACGUGCUUAGGCUACGCUAUAUUCAUUAUGCUAAUGUCGUGUUGGUAUCAUUGAUAGCAAUCAUGGAGUGAUGUUGAACACCAUUGCUGACCAGUUGCUGUAGGCGUUGGUGCCGGCGUACACAAAAACUCGCAUCCAAUCUGUCCGGUGCUAGAAUUGAAUGUUAUGGUGCAGACAUCUCCACAAGCUGAAACCGAUUAAGAAAAGUAAGACUUAAAUUAGCAAUAAAACUCCUGUCAUUC